AUCAGGGUUGUUUGUUGUUAGGUCUUUACAGUUUGAGGCGCUUUCUUUCUUUCUUUCUUUCUCAUUCUUUCAGUUUUAGUGCCAAGUCACUUUUUCACUCUCUCUCUCUCUCUAGCUGCCUCAACAGAGUUUCACGCUGCAAUGGCGACGGAGUUGGAGCGGAAGAGAUUGGAAAACAUAAGGCGUAACAAUGAGAUGAUGGCGGCGCUCAACGUCCGAGCCAAAGCUUCACUUCUCUCCGCCGAAACGAAACGAAACGCACUCGAGAGGAAUCGUGGAGAUGAUGGUGGAGAGGGCUCUCAUAAGCACUUCGUUGAGACUAUGUUGACUUUUGCGAGUGACUCUAUGGUUAAGGAUGAUUCUCCUAGCACUAGGAGGAAAUCUUCUCGCCUGUCUAGUGCUGGUGUUAACAAGGCUGACUCAGUUUCAUCAUCUAAUGAUUAUGUGAAGAAGAAGAAGAAUGCUGGAGGAAAUUUGGUUACUAAAAAGGAAGCAUCUGGUGUUAUGACUGAGAGCAUUGAGUUUGAGGAGGGUGGUUUUGACACGGGACCUUUGAGUUUAGAACCGCAUAACGUGGCACGUGUUGUUCCUAGGAGGAUUUUGGUUGUCAAGUUCAUGCCUUGCGAGAAUGUUAAGCUCGUUGCUGCUGGGGAUAAGCUUGGAAAUGUUGGGUUUUGGAAUUUGGAUUACAACAAACCAAAAACAUUAAGGACUGUGACCCAUUCUAAGACUGUACAUUCUGCGUAUUUCUCACCCACUGGCCUUUCACUUGCAACUACCAGCGUUGACAAUCAUAUUGGUAUCCUAAGUGGCGCCAAUUUUGAAGAUACUUCCAUGAUAUAUCACGAUAAUUGUAAUACUACCAACAAGUGGAUCUCCAAUUUCAGGGCAGUAUGGGGAUGGGAUGAUUCAUACAUCUUUGUGGGCAAUCGUCCUUUGAAAGGAAUAGAUGUGAUCUCAACGAAACUAAAGAGAACAGUGAAGGAACUGCAUGACCGCCUUAUGAAAAUUAUUCCUUGCAGAAUCCAUUGUCAUCCUCUUAAUGUUGGGGUGCUUGCUGGAUCCACGGCUGGAGGACAGGUUUAUGUUUGGACACCAAAGUAACAUACAAUCAGCAUGAUGAGUUGUUGUGUGGUUUUGUUAUGUCAGCACCGAGAUGUUAUUUGUUUGGAACUGAGUUUUUUUCUCUCAGGUUAACUGUAGAGUUACUAACUUUAAG